AUGGCAAGAACAAAGCAGACAGCAAGAAAGUCAACCGGAGGAAAAGCACCAAGAAAACAGCUGGCAACCAAAGCAGCAAAGAAGAGUACAUCGUCCGCAGUAGGUGGAAGCAUCAAGCGCCCUCACAGAUACAGAGCAGGAACCGUAGCCCUUAAGGAAAUCAGAAGAUACCAAAAAUCCACAGAGCUCCUCAUAAGAAAGCAGCCAUUCCAGAGAAUGGUGAGGGGAAUAUGCCAGGAGUUCAAGUCCGACUCGCGAUUCCAAGGAAGUGCUUUGGCGUCUCUCCAGGAGGCCACCGAGGCCUUCAUUAUUGGCCUCUUCGAGGAUGCGAAUGACUGUGCGAUACACGGCCGCAGAGUUACAGUAAUGCCCCGAGACAUUCAACUGGCCAUGAAGAUCCGAGGCAGAUACAGAUAA